UCCAGAAACUUCAAAAUGCGUCUGGAAGAAAUGAGAAGACUGCAACAUACUUUAGAACAAGUUAACGAAGAGAAAUAUUUGCUUGAAAACCAUCAGUUGGCCAUGGAUGCACAGAAUAAUAUUGAUAAACCUCGCCUUAAUCUCCAGACUUUGGAAUCAAAAGUGAAAAUCAUUCAGAGAGCCUGGAGGGAAUAUAUACAGCGCCAAGAUGAGCCUCUUCAAGACCACAUGGAGAAGCGCAGCCCGUCUCCACCUUCCAUGUCCUCAGACAAAAUGAGCAGCUCCGUCAGCAUGAACACAGUUUCUGAUGGCAGCACUCCUGAUUACCGAGAGGAUGGGAUGGAUUUAGGCAGCGACGCCUGCAGCAGCAGCAGCAGCAGCUCCAGCUCGCAAUCCAACUCCAACAAAGUCACCCCCUGCUCCGACUGCCAAUCCUCCUCCUCCUCCUCCUCCUCCUCGCCCGGCAGCCUGGACUUGGUGGCUGCCCUGGAGGACUACGAGGAGGAGGAGGGCUUCCAGGUGUACAAGAAGGAGCCGACUGAUGAAUGGGAGGAGGAGGAGGAGGACGACGGGGGUUGCCCCGCCAACCGGAGGAGUUUAGCCCGGGAGCUGGAGGAUGUGAAGCCCCCCGCCACCGGCAGCUUCGGCUCCAUCAUGCCGCCCCCGAACGGCAACCUGCACCGCCGCGGCCCCCCGGGCGUCCAGCACAACGGCAACAACGUGGGGGUGGCGUCCAACCCGAAGCCGGGGCGCCGAGGCGUCCAGCACAGACCCCCGCAGAAGUCCGGGCGGUUCCCCUGCUCUCCCCCUUCGGAGCCCGGGACCCGUCCCAAGGAGGAGCCCCAACUCCCCACUAUGGAUUGGGCGGCUUUGGAGAAACACCUGGCCGGCCUACAGUUCCAGGAGCAGCAGGGGAGGAACCAGAGCCAGUCCAAAACGAACUACACUUCAGCGCAGAAAAAUGAGAGAGAAUCUAUCAGGCAAAAGUUGGCCCUUGGAAGUUUCUUUGAUGAUGGCCCAGGAAUUUAUACCAGCUGUAGCAAAAGUGGAAAGCCCAGCCUUUCUUCUAGGCUACAAAGUGGGAUGAACCUACAGAUUUGUUUUGUGAACGACAGCGGCAGUGAUAAGGAUAGUGAUGCUGAUGACAGUAAGACUGAAACAAGUUUGGAUACCCCUUUGUCUCCCAUGAGCAAGCAGAGCUCUUCCUACUCUGAUAGAGAUACUACUGAAGAGGAAUCUGAAUCGCUAGAUGAUAUGGAUUUUCUCACUAGGCAAAAGAAACUGCAAGCUGAAGCCAAAAUGGCCCUAGCAAUGGCAAAACCAAUGGCCAAAAUGCAAGUAGAAGUGGAAAAACAGAACAGGAAAAAAUCUCCAGUAGCUGAUCUUCUGCCACACAUGCCUCAUAUAAGCGAAUGCCUGAUGAAAAGAAGCCUAAAACCUACUGACUUGAGAGACAUGACUAUUGGGCAGUUACAAGUGAUAGUCAAUGAUCUCCACUCCCAAAUAGAGAGCUUAAAUGAAGAGUUGGUACAACUUCUUCUCAUUAGAGAUGAAUUGCACACAGAACAAGAUGCCAUGCUGGUUGACAUAGAAGACUUGACUAGGCAUGCCGAGAGCCAGCAGAAGCACAUGGCAGAGAAAAUGCCAGCAAAAUAAAAUAAGAAGCCAUCAGACAAGAUAACAAGCUAGAAUUAAUUUUGCUUCUGUGGUUGUAAAAAUCUUGAUGCUAAAGGUGGAGCACAAGGAAAAAAACAUCAGUGUUAGUCAUUGGUAAUGUCUAAAGCUUUACGUCCAGUGAUUGGCCUUUGCUUCUUAAUUUAUUUUAAUUUUUUUACUUGUGCCACUAAAUAUCAGGCAUUUUAACAAAAUAUUACAAAAUUGUACAGUACUUAUAACAUUCAAACCAUGGUAAAUAAGAGCGGGUAGUUUAACUUUAUUUUUAUUUGUUUAGAGAUUUUAAGUUGGAACAGUAUUUUACCAUUGACUACUUUUAUUCGUCACUGUAGUUUUAAAAAAGAAACUGUAAUUGACGGUGCUAUAAAGUAAAAACAAAUACAUGCCUGCCUCGUAGUGAAGUUGUAGCUUUCAGUAAUAAGUAUAUUAUAAUCAGUUUUCAACAUUUUGUGAAUGUUGACUACCUGACAUUCAUUUUUAGAUGUGCUAUUAACAUUCAGUUGGAUUCAGAGAGUUACCUUGAAAGUUUUAUGUAUAAAUAUGUAAAAUAAAAAUUAAAAGUUUGUUUCA